AUGGACGUGGACGUGGAAGUGGAGCACGUGGACGUGGGCGUGGAGGACGUGGACGUGGACGUGGACCUGGACGUGGACUUGGACGUGGACGUGGACGUGGACGUGGACGUGGUCGUGGACGUGGUCGUGGACGUGGACGUGGACCUGGACGUGGACGUGGAAGUGGUCAUGGACGUCGACGUGGACGUGGACGUGGACGUGGUCAUGGACUUGGACGUGGACGAGGACGUGGACGUGGACGUGGUCGUGGACGUGGACGUGGACGUGGACGUGGACCUGGACGUAGACGUGGUCGUGGACGUGGACGUGGACCUGGACGUGGACGUGGACGUGGACCUGGACGUGGACGUGGACGUGGACAUGGACGUGGACGUGGACGUGGACGUGGUCGUGGACGUGGACGUGGACGUGGACCUGGACCUGGACGUGGACGUGGACGUGGACCUGGACGUGGACUCGGACGUGGACAUGGACGUGGUCGUGGACGUCGACGUGGACGUGGACGUGGACUUGGACGUGGACGUGGACGUGGUCUUGGACUCGGACGUGGACGUGGACGUGGACGUGGACUUGGACGUGGAUGUGGACGUGGACGUGGACUUGGACGUGGACGUGGUUGUAGACGUGGACUUGGUCGUGGACGUGGACGUCGACGUGGUCGUGGACGUGGACGUGGACGUGGUCGUGGACGUGGACGUGGUCGUGGACGUGGACGUGGUCGUGGACGUGGACGUGGACUUGGACGUGGACGUGGACGUGGUCGUGGACGUGGACGUGGACGUGGUCGAGGACGUGGACGUGGACAUGGUCGUGGACGUGGACGUGGACGUGGACAUGGACGUGGACUUGGACGUGGACGUCGAUGUGGACGUGGACGUGGACGUUGUCGUGGACGUUGACAUGGACGUUGAUGUGGUCGCGAACGUGGAAGUGGACGUGGACCUGGACCUGGACGUGGACGUGGACGUGGUCGUGGAUGUGGACGUUGACGUGGACGUGGACGUGGUCGAAAACGUGGACGUGGACGUGGACCUGGACGUGGACGUGGACGUGGACGUGGUCGUGGACGUGGUCGUGGACGUGGUCGUGGACGUGGACGUGGACGUGGACGUGGACGUGGUUGUGGACGUGGACGUGGACUUGGACGUGGAUGUGGACGUGGACGUGGUCGUGGACGUGGACGUGGACGUGGAUGUGGGCGUGGUUGUGGACGUGGACGUGGACGUGGGCGAAGUCCACGUGGACGUGGGCGUGGAGGACGUGGACGUGGACGUGGACCUGGACGUGGACUUGGACGUGGACGUGGACGUGGUCGUGGACGUGGUCGUGGACGUGGACGUGGACCUGGACGUGGACGUGGAAGUGGUCAUGGACGUCGACGUGGACGUGGACGUGGACGUGGUCGUGGACUUGGACGUGGACGAGGACGUGGACGUGGACGUGGUCGUGGACGUGGACGUGGACGUGGACGUGGACCUGGACGUGGACGUGGUCGUGGACGUGGACGUGGACCUGGACGUGGACGUGGACGUGGACCAGGACGUGGACGUGGACGUGGACAUGGACGUGGACGUGGACGUGGACGUGGUCGUGGACGUGGACGUGGACCUGGACCUGGACGUGGACGUGGACGUGGACCUGGACGUGGACUCGGACGUGGACGUGGACGUGGUCGUGGACGUCGACGUGGACGUGGACGUGGACGUGGUCUUGGACUUGGACGUGGACGUGGACGUGGACGUGGACUUGGACGUGGAUGUGGACGUGGACGUGGUCUUGGACGUGGACGUGGUUGUAGACGUGGACUUGGUCGUGGACGUCGACGUCGACGUGGUCGUGGACGUGGACGUGGACGUGGUCGUGGACGUGGACGUGGUCGUGGACGUGGACGUGGUCGUGGACGUGGACGUGGACUUGGACGUGGACGUGGACGUGGUCGUGGACGUGGACGUGGACGUGGUCGAGGACGUGGACGUCGACGUGGUCGUGGACGUGGACGUGGAUGUGGUCGUGGACGUGGACGUGGUCGUGGACGUGGACGUGGUCGUGGACGUGGACGUGGACUUGGACGUGGACGUGGACGUGGUCGUGGACGUGGACGUGGACGUGGUCGAGGACGUGGACGUGGACAUGGUCGUGGACGUGGACGUGGACGUGGACAUGGACGUGGACUUGGACGUGGACGUCGAUGUGGACGUGGACGUGGACGUUGUCGUGGACGUUGACGUGGACGUUGAUGUGGUCGCGAACGUGGAAGUGGACGUCGACCUGGACCUGGACGUGGACGUGGACGUGGUCGUGGAUGUGGACGUCGACGUGGUCGUGGACGUGGACGUGGAUGUGGACGUGGACGUGGACAUGGACGUAGUUGUGGACGUGGACGUGGACGUGGUCCUGGACUUGGACGUGGAUGUGGACGUGGACGUGGACGUGGACGUAGACGUUUUUGUGGACGUUGACGUGGACGUGGACGUGGUCGCAAACGUAGACGGUUUCGUGGACGUGGACGUGGACGUGGACGUGGACAUAGACGUUUUCGUGGUCGUUGACGUGGACGUGGACGUGGACCUGGACGUGGACGUGGACGUGGACGUGGUCGUGGACGUGGACGUGGACGUGGUCGUGGACGUGGAUGUGGACGUGGACGUUGACGUGGUUGUGGACGUGGACGUGGACGUGGACGUGGACUUGGACGUAGAUGUGGACGUGGACGUGGUCGUGGACGUGGACGUGGACGUGGACGUGGACGUGGUCGUGGACGUGGUCGUGGUCGUGGACGUGGACGUGGACGUGGACUGGACGUGGACCUGGACGUGGACUUGGACGUGGACGUGGACGUGA